UGCAUAGAAGAACCGAGACGCGGCCGAUGCCGGGGACGGCGGGGACGCGGUGUAUGGUCACGUGGGCGCGUUAUGGGGUGGAGAGUGGAGCGGCUGUGAGCGGCUGGCAGAGAUGUGACACAGCGCACUGACGAGGCCCAGCAGAAGCCCUGCGAUGGCCCCGACAGCCGCUGACUUCAUCUCCACGCGAGGCGCUCUUCAUCAAAUACAUAGGGCUGACUUUCGUCGCCUCUGCUACUCCUCUCUCGCCCAAGCUCCCCGUCCACCCUCCGGCGGCCUCCCUCAUCCAUCUUCCCCCACACAGAGUCGCUGACGGGAUCGUUCUGCGACAUGACUUCAACACCUCCCUCUACGACCAUGGACAGCCACGACGAAGCCCUUGAUCGCACUGGAGCAUAUGAGAAAAACGGCCAGAUGAAGGGGCAGACUGCAGUGACGACCGACGAGUUUGACGUCUAUGGAGAUGAGGGGUCUGCAGACAUCGUGUACCGUACCAUGGUGUGGUGGAAAGCCGCCGCACUCAUGCUGGCAGAAACCGUCUCACUUGGGGUCCUAUCGAUACCCUCCGUGUUCCAGAGCCUCGGAAUGGUCGCAGGCUGUAUCCUCGUCAUUGGCCUCGGAGCGACCGCGACUCUCACCGGUUACAUGAUCGGCGCGUUCAAGCUGCGCUACCCCCAUGUCCACAAUAUGGCUGAUGCGGGUAUGAUCCUCGGGGGGCCGAUUGGUCGUGAAGUACUCGGCGCGGCGCAAGUCAUUUUCAUGGUCUUCCUUUGCGGAAGUCACGUCCUGACUGGGAUGAUUGCGUUCGACACCAUUACUUCGGGAGCUUCAUGCUCUGUGCUCUGGGCCGGCAUUUCCGCCAUCAUAUGUCUUGUCCUCACUCUCCCGCGAACGCUUGACGGCAUCUCGUAUCUUAGUGUUGCCUCGUUCAUCUCGAUCGUCGCCGCUGUGAUGAUAACGAUGAUUGGCGUCGGUGUCGCAGGCCAUCAGGGCGGUGUCACUUCUACCGCGAACCUUAGCUUCGCCAGCGCCUUCCUCGCUGUGACUGACAUUAUUUUUGCAUACGCGGGACACGUCGGGUUCUUUACGUUUAUCGCAGAGAUGAAGAAACCCGAGGACUUCGCCAAGGCACUCUACUUCCUGCAGAUUGCGGAUACGACGAUCUACCUGAUUGUAGGCAUCGUAGUAUAUGCGUACGCGGGCACAGAGACGGUCUCGCCUGCGCUGGGCAACACGGGCACGACGCUGCGCAAGGUCGCGUACGGUAUAGCCCUCCCGACGAUCAUGAUUGCGGGUGUGAUCAACGGCCAUGUGUGUGCGAAGCUGGUGUUCGUCAGAUUAUUCCGCCGCGACGGCGUCACUUCCCGACACAUGACCGCGCAUUCGUGGACAGGCUGGCUGACGUGGAUCGGGAUCUGCUUCGCGAUCUGGGCGGUCGCGUUUAUCAUCGCAGAAGUAAUCCCGUUCUUCAACGAUCUCCUAGGGGUUAUCUCCUCGCUCUUCGCAAGCUGGUUCACAUACGGUAUCUCCGGCAUCUUCUGGUUCCAUCUGACACCCCGCGGGGAGCGGUGGGCGACGCCGUGGCAGCGCUGCAAGACGGUGUUCUGGGCGUCCAUCAUUCUGAUGGGGGCGUUCAUCAUGGUCGCGGGCUUGUACGCGAGCAUAGACAGCAUCGUCGAUGGUUACCGGAACGGCCAGUUCCCAGGCCCGUUUACGUGCGCGAGUCAGGCCCUCGCCUGAGCGGCCGUCGUGAUUGGGCGGUGGGUGCGGAUACGGUUGGGACGUGUCUUCACGUGCGAAAAGCAGGCAUCUUGGGUGUGCGCUGUUCAGUGGGUCUGUGCUGUAUGUACCAUCUAAUAACUUAUACCACGGCUCUUAUGUAUCAGACGCGAGAUGGCGAUACCCGUCUACCUAUAAUCUAUGAUACGGUUUGCUGUAUGAAGCUGAGCGUGCGCCACAAAGCCGAUUGAGUGUGAAGAG